GACAUAUGCGCCUCGACUAUGCAGGUUUCACUUCAAACUCCGAUGCGAUGGCGUUCCGUGCUGCUUAAGGCGUCAGUGAAAGCAAAACGCUGGCGGACUCCGUCCUUCUGCGGUAAAGUCCGUCCACCACCCUCGAAUAAUCCCCACCUUCACUGCCUUCCAAUUUUUCGUAACAUAAAAACACUCGAAUACCGUCUUGGUUCUUCCGAUCGGGUUUACCAGUGACGCCUCUUGCUCACUCACACAGACUCAUCAUGGUCAAACUUACUCUACUCACCAUAGUCCUCGCUGUGGUUUCAACCUGCCUAGCCAAGCUCCCUACCCACAAAAUUCGCGGUGUGAACCUCGGAUCCCUCUUCAUCAUCGAACCGUGGAUGUCCAGCAACACUUGGAAGUCUAUGGGCUGCGGCGAUACCAAAUCAGAAUGGGACUGCGUUGCAUCUCUUGGGCAAGAGAAAGCAGAUGCCGCGUUUCAGAAGCACUGGAACACCUUCAUUACCGCCAGUGACUUCGAAAAGAUGAAGGCCUACGGGCUCAACACCGUCCGCAUCCCCAUCGGCCACUGGUUCGUCGAAGAGACCAUCGAUCCCGGCGAGAACUGGCCCCGCGGCGGUAUGAAAUAUCUCGACGCCGUCGCCGCCCUCGCAGCUUCGCACAACAUCAGCGUGAUCUUGGAUCUCCACGGCGCCCCAGGCGCGCAGGUCCCAAACAACGCCUUCACCGGCCGCACAACCGAACCCGCUGCUUUCUACUCCCCCCAUAACUACGCCCGCGCAUACACCUUCCUCCGCAACAUAACAACCCGCAUCCACACCCUCCCCGCCUACAAAACCACAAUCAUGCUCGAACUCCUCAACGAGCCUGCCCCCGCCCACCCCAGCCUGGCAACCACCUUCUACCCCACCGCGUACGCCGUAAUCCGCGCCGCGGAAGCCUCCCUCGGCGUCCCGAGCCACCGCGCCCUGGCGCUGCAGAUGAUGGACUCGACCUGGGGCGCCGGCAACCCGCGACAGGCGAUGCCGCACGACGCAUUCGGCCUCGCGUUCGACAACCACCGCUACCUGACCUACUCCCCGACCCCGGCGGAGAAGGACGCGUACCUGCGCGCCUCGUGUGGUGACUCGUUUGCGUCGCAGGGCGAGACGCCGCUCGUGAUCGGGGAGUGGAGUCUCGCUAUCAAGCAGGAGAAGGAGUGGAGCGAUGAGUUCUCGCCGCUCAGAAAGGAGAAUCAGGAGUGGUAUCGGCAGUGGUGGGGAGCGCAGGUGCAGGCGUAUGAGAGGCAGAAGGGAUGGGUGUUUUGGAGCUGGAAGACGGAGCUGGGUGGUGAUUGGCGGUGGAGUUAUUCGGCGGCGGUGGAGGCGGGUAUCAUUCCUAAGGAUCUUGGGAAGGCGAAGGACCUUGCAAAGUGCUGA